AUGGCCUCAGACAUCCACAUGCCAGACCCGGUGUGCCUCAUUGAGAACACUAACACACAAUUAGUAGUUAAUCCAGAAGCUUUGAAGAUCCUGUCUGCCAUUACACAGCCUGUUGUGGUGGUGGCCAUUGUGGGUCUCUGCCACACAGGCAAAUCCUACCUGAUGAACAAGCUGGCUGGGCAGAAAAAAGGCUUCUCUCUGGGUUUCAUGGUUGAGUUUUACACCAAAGGCAUCUGGAUGUGGUGUGUGCGUCACCCUAAGAAACCAAACUGCACCCUAGUUCUGCUUGACACUGAGGGGCUGGGAGAUGUACAGAAGGGUGACAACCAAAAUGACUCCUGGAUCUUUGCCCUGGCAAUACUGCUGAGCAGCACCUUUGUGUACAAUAGCAUGGGGACCAUAAACCAGCAGGCCAUGGACCAACUGCAGUUUGGAAUAUGUGGGAAAAAAUAUGUGACAGAGCUGACAGAUAAAAUAAGGGCAAAAUCUUCACCUGAUGCAAAUGAGGUUGAGGAUUCAGCUGACUUUGUGAGCUUCUUUCCAGAUUUUGUGUGGACACUGAGGGAUUUUUCCCUAGAAUUGGAAGUAGAUGGGCAACCCAUCUCAGCAGACGAGUACCUGCAGAAUUCACUCAAACUCAAGCCAGGUACCAGUCACAAAGAUAAAAAUUUUAACCAGCCCCGACUUUGUAUCCAAAAGUUCUUCCCAAUGAAGAAAUGUUUUAUCUUUGAUCAGCCCACUCAUUGGCAGAAGAUAGGCCUACUGAAGACAAUGCAUGAUUAUGAGCUGGACCCCAAAUUCGUGCAACAAGCUGCUGACUUCUGUUCCUACAUCUUUAGUAAUUCCAAAGUCAAAACUCUUUCAGGAGGCAUCCAGGUCAAUGGACCCAGGCUGGAGACUAUGGUGCUGACCUACGUCAAUGCCAUCAAUAAAGAAGACUUUUCCUGCAUGGAGAACGCUGUCCUGGCCUUGGCCCAGAUAGAGAAUUCAGCUGCAGUGGAAAAGGCCAUGACCCACUAUGAGCAGCUGAUAGGUGAGAAGGUUCAACUGCCUGAAGACUUCCAAGAGCAGCAGGAGCUGUUCAUGGCCAGUAGGAAAGAGGCCAUUGAAGUGUUCAUCAAGAAUUCCUUCAAUGAUGUAGACCAUUUAUUUCAAAGGAAAUUACAGGCCCAGAUAGAAGAAAGGCAAGAUAACAUUAUUCAAGAGAAUCAGAAAAAACUAUUGGAUUACAAAUCAUAUAUCAACCAUAUUAUAAAAGAAGAUAAAAAUAAGGUGGCUUAUUCUAAACCAGGAGACUAUAAACUCUUAUUUGAGGCUAUAGUCAAGUUGACAGAACAUCUUCCUGGACCCUACGAGGAUAUACCGAGAGAAGAAAUUCUUCAGAUAUACCUGAGGCACAGGGAUUCUGUGAUGAAUGAAAUUCUGCAGACAGACCAGAAUCUCACAGAAAAGGAAAAGGAGAUCGAAGUGCAACGUGUGAAAGCUGAAUCUGCAGAGGCAAAAAUGCUGGAAAUGCAAAAGAAGUAUCAGCAGAUGAUGGAGGAGAAAGAAAAGAGUUACCAGGAACAUGUGAAACAAUUGACUGAGAAGAUGGAGCAGGAGAGAGCCCAAUUAAUGGCAGAGUAUGGGAGGGUUCUGUCUCUUUUACUUCAGGAACAGACCAUGUUACUAAAGGAAGGAUUCCAAGAUGAGAGCAGACAACUUCAGAGAGAAAUAAAGGAUCUCAAGUAUAAAAUGGAAAGAAGGAACAGUUGUAUCUUAAUCUAAAGACCUUAGGCAAAGAGCUUCCCUGGUCACUCUACCCAAGGCAUAACUAAAACAGUUUUAGAAUCUGGAAAAAUGUCACAACUUGAGAAAAAGUGAGCUUCUUUAAGCUGAUAAAAGAAAUCUACAAAAAACCCUUCACCUAACGUACUUAAUGAUGAAAAACAGAAAGCUUUGCCCCUAACACAGGAAUAAAGCAAGGAUGUGCAGUCUCCCCACUCCUGUUAAACAGUAUAAUGAAAGGCUUCCUACAAUAUGGCAAAAAGGAAGGAAGGAGGGAAGGAAGGAAGGAAGGAAGGAAGGAAGGAAGGAAGGAAGGAAGAAAGAAAGAAAGAAAGAAAGAAAUCAGAAAGAAUAAAAUAAAACUGCCUUUAUUCUUACACACUUUGAUUAUCCACAUAGAAAAAUCCCAGGGAAUCUGCAACAAAAGCAAAAAACAUCAACAACAAUGACUCUUGGGACAACUUUGUAAGUUUAAAAAGGUUGUAAGAUUCAAGAUCAAUACACAAAAAUCCACUUUCAACUUUAUUUUUAUAUAAAAACAAUGGACUAUUGGAAACCAAAAAUUAAAAAACAAUACCACUUACAAUAGCUGUUUUUAAAAUAUGGAAUACUUAGGUAGAAAUAUAACUAAACACGCAAAUGAUCUUCUAUGCUGAAAAACAUUCUAAGACCAAGAGAUUAUGGGGUCGAUCAUGAUGUAUGAAUUUCCUUAGAUUCCAACUCCCUUGUUGUUUUUAUGAUGUUUCUUCUACUCAUUGUAGAGAAGAUUCAAGACCCUUAUUUUUAGCGUUAUCUCUGACAAAAGCAUGUGCCUAGUAUUUGUUAAGUUUCCCUGAACACUAAAAAUGUCAACUGUGGGGGGCAGGUGGGUAUGGGGGGGUCAAUGGGAAAAAAGGAUGAUAGCUGUAAUACUAUCAACA